UGGGUUUCCCAAAUCUCCCAAAUAACGACGGAAGACAACAAGCGGGCGGGCGAGAGGCUUAAACCCUAAAACCCUAAUUUUCUUCCCUAAGCCCUCUGACCCGACGCCUCUCUCUCUCUCUCUCUUCUCUCCUCCUGCGCAGACAUCCCCUCCCCAACGCCUCUCUGGCUGCCCGUUUGCCUCUCUCACGUACCCUCUCUUCUCUGUGAUUGUCGCUCGCCGCCGCACUCAACUCCACGCUGUCCGUCUCGGUUCGUGCUGUGCCGCUCUCCGCAGUUCAGUUCCGACCGCCGACACCGUGAAGCUCAGCCGCACCAAGCCCUUGUUUCCCAAGCCGACACUCUUUUCUUUCUCUCCUCUGCACCUCUUCUCACCGUGGAACGUCCAGCGCCGCCACCUGUCUUUCCCGAUGCCGAUUGCAACGCCGGCUGACCGCGGCGACCGACAAAGGUCACGGGAGCCAGCGUGCGGCCCCACGCCACCAAGAGCAUCCCGAAAUUCAAUAGACAAUGCCGCCACGCCCUCGACUCUGAUCGAUCACCACUUUGAGUCGAGGAAGGAAUGAACUCCUUGACCAUCCAGGUACGGGGCAUUACACCAUGGACUUGAAAGUGAGGGAGCUCCUCAAGGAGGUCCGGCUUAACUACUCGCCUGCCUUCACCAAGCUUGUUGAUAACACUGUUGCGGCCAUCAAAGACGCCAUCGAUAAAAUUCCUGAAGACUUGCUGGUUACAGCAGAUGAAGCUUCUGGUUUCGUCCGGGACAUUGGUGCGGACAAAGUUGAGUUCAAGUUUAAGAAGCCAAAAUCUAUCGAUGCUGGUGGCAGUUAUGCAAUGCAAUGCAUGGCGAAGCCUGAUAUAAACGUCGAUCUUUUUAUUCGGUUGCCAAAAGAGUGUUUUCGUGAGAAAGAUUAUUUGAAUCAUCGAUACCAUGCCAAACGAUGCCUAUACCUCUGUAUAAUCAAGAAGUACUUGAAGUUAUCUUCAUUAGUUCGCAAGGUUGAAUGGUCUACCCUACAAAAUGAGGCUAGAAAACCUUUAUUAGUUGCCUAUCCAGCUAUGGAGCUUGUUGAAGUUCCUGGGUUUUUUGUAAGGAUAAUCCCUACAGCAAAAUCACUGUUUGACAUCAAGAAAUUGAACCUAAAGCGGAAUAAUGUCCGUGCCCUGAAUCAUGGGAGUAUUCCUCAGGCUACACCAAAAUACAAUAGUAGUAUUUUGGAAGACAUGUUUUUAGAGGAUAGUGAAGAACUUAAUAGGAAAAAUCUUUCAGGAAGGAAGGAGUUUGGAGAAGCUUCAAUUUUAUUGAAGGUUUGGGCUCGGCAAAGAUGUUCAAUAUAUGGUCAUGAUUGCCUAAAUGGAUUUAUAAUUUCUGUCAUAUUGUCAUACCUUGCUAGUCAGAACAAGAUUAACGCUUCGAUGAAGGCAAUGGAGAUAUUUCGUGUUACCUUGAGCUUCAUUGCCUCUUCAGAAUUAUGGAGCCGUGGGCUCUACUUCAAGCUGGAAGGGCAGAAGGCUAUUCCAAAGGAGGAAAGGAUGCCGUAUAAAGAUACUUUUCCGGUGGUUAUAUGUAAUCCAUCAGCAGCCUUCAAUCUAGCAUUCCGCAUAUCAAGGAUUGGUUUCAUUGAGCUCCAAGAUGAAGCUGCUUUGACACUUACAUGCUUAGAGAAAUGCAGAGAUGGUGGAUUUGAGGAGAUUUUUAUGACCAAGGUUGACUAUGCUUCUAAAUAUGACUAUUGUAUGAGAUUGAACUUGAAGGGGAAAAGUGAGGUUCAUGCAUCGGGAUUUUGCAUGAAUGAUGAAUGUUGGAGGCUAUAUGAGCAGAAGGUGCAUACUCUUCUGAAUCAGGGGUUGAGUGAUAGAGCAAAAAUGAUUCGUGUAACAUGGAGAAACACAUUUUCAGGAUGCAGUAUUGAAAAUGGCUUGUCAAUAUUUGAUAGAGAGCCAUUACUCAUUGGAGUUUCAGUGAGCUCUUUGGAGAAAGCUUUUAGGGUGGUUGAUAUUGGUCCAGAUGCUGAAAAUAAGAAUGAGGCUCUCAAAUUCCGGAUGUUUUGGGGGGAGAAGGCUGAUCUUAGGAGAUUUAAAGACGGUAAAAUUGCAGAAAGCAUAGUAUGGGAAAGUGAGCAGUGGACAAGACAUCUCAUUUUGAAAAGAAUUUCUGAGUAUGUGCUUGUGCGGCAUCUUUCCUUAACAAAGGAGAAUAUUGUGCAUAUGGUGGAUCAGCUUGAUUUCUCACUACUUCAUGGUGUUAAUGAUCCUGUGUCAUUUUCUGGAAGUUUGCUUGGAGCACUUGAAGUUUUAACAAAGCGCCUAGGUCUUAUCCAAGACAUUCCGUUGAAGGUUUCUAGUGUGCAGCCAAUCGACCCAGCUUUCAGGUUUACCUCUGUCUUCCCUCCUGAACCUCAUCCAUUGGUUAUUGACAAGGGUGAUGUUCCAAGGACACAUAAGUUAAUGUCAUCAUGCAUUCAGCCUCUGGAAGUUAUGAUUCAGUUGGAAGGUUCUGGGAAUUGGCCAAUGGAUGACUUAGCAAUUGAAAAAACUAAAAUUGCUUUCCUUCUUAAGAUUGGUGAGAGUCUUCAGAAUUCCUGGGGGAUGAAAUGUACUGCUACUGAAGAUGAUGUGGAUGUUUUUAUGUCUGGAUACGUAUUUCGUCUUAGAAUUUUGCAUGAGAGAGGCCUGAGUUUGGUGAAAAGGGAAAUUGGAAGUGACCAAGUUAAGCAGGUCACUUCUGCAGACAAGAAACUUUUUGUUCGCAGUCAGCAUUCUAGCAUGAUUAAUGGAUUACAGGGUCGUUACCCAAUAUAUGCUCCUGUUGUUAGGCUUGCAAAACGAUGGGUUGCUUCGCAUCUUUUUUCAGCUUGCUUGGUAGAAGAGGCUGUUGAGCUGUUGGUAGCUUACAUCUUUUUAAAGCCCUUACCAUUCAAUAAUGCUCCUUGCUCCCGCAUAAAUGGAUUUCUAAGGUUCCUACGAUUACUGUCAGAGUAUGACUGGACCUUUUCUACUCUGGUUGUUGACAUAAAUGAUGACUUGAGCAUAAAUGACGUGAAAGAGAUUAGUGAUAACUUUAUGUUGAGUAGAAAAGCUUCCGAAGAAACCAAACAAAAUGUAAGUGCAGUAAUGUUUCUGGCUACAGCUUAUGACAAAGCAUCUGAGGCUUGGACCAGAUUUUCCCCAAAUUCAUCGGAUCUGAAACGAUUGGUGGCUUAUGCUCGAAGCAGUGCAAAGUUGUUGACCAAACUCAUAUCACAGGAGCUGAACGAUUCUUAUAAGUGGGAAUGCCUUUUCCGAACUCCUUUGAACAACUAUGAUGCUGUAAUUCUUCUCCACGGGGACAAAUUACCUUAUCCCCAACGUAUUCUCUUUCCUUCAGAACUAAACCAAGGGAAGCUUGUGGCCCGUGGUAAUGCUAGCAAGUUUUUCCACCCUUUGAUGUUGCCCAGAGACUUAAAGGGGAGCUCAGAUGAAGUUAAAACGAAGUUAUUGGUGGACUUUGAUCCAUUGAGGUGCUUUGUCGGGGAUUUAGAGAACGAGUUCUCCAGCACAUUCAAGGUAUGGUAUGAUUCUCUGGGAGGUGAUGCUGUUGGCAUAACGUGGGAGAGAUUUUCUUCCAAGAAACGUGGCCGGGAGGAAGCGGGCGAGGAAGGAAAAGAAGAUCCAGUUGAUGUUUUAAAAGCUGUUGGUGAAGUUGGCAAAGGAUUUGUCAGAAGUGUUUAUUUCCUCAAGGCACCAAGGCUUACGAAUUAACCCUUUAGUCGUGGCGUAAAAAGUUCUGCGAUCACAUAUAUGUUGCAAGUAUGUUAUAUAGGUAAAUUUUGGCCCCAUUUUCCUAUUGACACUACAGUUUCCGUUUUUUAAUAUUUGUGGAUAUUGCUUUUUAGAAGGAAUUGAUUAUUUUCAAUUGUAUCAAGUUCAGUUAAUUAAAAGUGAUUAGGGUAA